GUUCAGGCAUGUGGCAGUUGCGCUGCGUUUUCGUUUUAGUUUAUGAAUGGCAUUCGUCGAAUAAAGCGUUACGCCAGAAUGAAGAUGAAGGGGAUCGUACAGGGCUCAAAGACGCUGCUGAUCUUGCUAAUGCUGACGAAGUCGAUACAUGGAUCUGCGCUGGGCUAUGUUCUACGGCCUAUGCCUGAACCGGAGCUGGAAGCUCGCACUUGCCCAGUCAAAUGCGUCUGUCAGUUGGAGGCAUUCAACGAGCUGCCCAUUGCUCGUUGGGUUAAUCACAUGGCCAGGAAGCAUGUGGAUGAUAGCUUGCUGCUAACCACACACACAAAACUAGCCACUUGCCUGAUUCAGUCCCAAAAUGAGUGGCAGGAACUUCGGGAUUACUUGCCAAUGGAUUUGCAGGCUCUGAUAUUGCUCUACACCGGCAACGUAGAGAAUCAACUGGCGGUGAACACCAGCAGUCUACGGCGACUUAAUCAGCUAAGAACUCUGGAAAUUCGUGGAAUCGGCGCCACUCUGAUCAUCGAUGAUCCCCUGGAGUUUUUGCAGCAUGCCAACUUUGAGCAGAUCAGAUUGCAGGCCAGCGAUCGGCUGCAACGUCCAAAGUUCUCGAAACUUCCCAGUGACGACUAUGAGUACAAGCCGCCGAGUGAGCUCCUUCCACACGGCGAAUAUUCUACAAAGUACCCAUUGCAAUUCGAGGAUGCCGCCUCUGACAUUGUCACCUAUGAGCAGCACAUACAACGACUGAAGCAGACCAGGAUGCCCAGCUUUUUUGGAUGGGGCAGACUGGAGGUGCUCCGCAUACUGAGCUGUAAGCUGGAUAAACUGCACUGGCAAAUGUUCGACGGGCUAACCCAACUGAGGGACCUCAACCUGGAGAGGAAUAGCAUUGAGGAGUUGCCCCCAUUCGCUUUCUCGGGUGCUCUGAACCUGAAGAGUCUCUCUUUAGCCCACAACGCCUUAAGUCGAUUACAUUAUCUGGGUCUCGCUGGCCUGCUCCAACUGGAGACACUCAACUUAGCCGAUAAUCAACUAGGACGCUUAAGUGAAUUAAGUUUUCCGCCCUUGCCAAAGUUGCAGACGGCAGAUCUGCGCAGCAAUCCUGUUAAAUACAUCCUUCCUGGAACGUUUUGGGUAAUGAACGAUACGAGGGAACUUCAAAUGGGCAGCGAUCAGGCGGCUUUGGAUCUCCGCACUUGGUUUAUUUAUGGACAAUUUGAUUCCCUUAACGAACUACGCACAUUAAUCCUUGGCAAUGUUUCCACUGAAACACUAGAACAGGGCGUGUUUAAGGGUCUUUAUAGGUUGGAGGUCCUAAAGCUGCGGGGACAAAUCCAUAGCAUACAGUUUGAUGUCUUUGCAGGCAUGGAACAACUCAGGGAACUGGACAUUAGUCAGUGUGGCGUUUCGGAACUGUCCAUGGAUGCCUUCAUGGGCGUGAAGCGACUGAAGUUUCUCAACUUGAGCCAUAACAAUCUUACAAAUAUGCCUCAUGGGUUGCUGGAUGAUCAGCAGAGGCUUGAGGAAGUCCAGCUGCAAGGAAAUCAGUUGAAAACCUUGCCCACGAGUUUUUCCCGCUUGCCACUUGUUCGGGUAAUUCGUCUUGAUCAGAAUCCGUGGCAAUGCAGCUGCCAGAUGCGAUACUGGAAACCAUACUUCACAAAUGUAGUGCGGGGACCUAGUGUGAAGAGGUGUGUAAAAGACAUAAAUGGCGAUCCCCUCUCAUGCAGAUAUGAGGCCCCUUAUGAGACGGACAAGAGUGUGGUCCCCCGCUGCUCCAACUAUAAUGGACGCAGUGUCUAUUACGUGCUCCGCAAGCAACUUCAUUGUGGCGACAUAAAAAUUCUUCAGCCGCUAAGUCCCAUACGGAUCGGAACAAGGGGGCUUCCGCUGCCCCACUGGCGGAAGGUCGAGCUGCAGGACCAGAACCAGCAGUCAAAAAAAGCACGGCCAAGGAAAAUAGCACACAGGCCUACAAAGCAACGCAACACGCUGCAGUUUGUGCUAAGGCAACAGAAUCAUCAGCCCCACUCGGAUCCACUCGUGUUGGAGAUGUCCAAUGAGAUUUAACCACUUAACUAGUACUCUAAGUUAGCUUUAUGAUUACUUCGAACUUGAAUAUAUAUGUAAUGAUAAUGUAACCACAUAGCCAAUAGUGCAAAUCACUAAAAUGAGCUCGACUUACCCCUGAGCAUAGUGGCGCAACUUCCCUUGAAGACACUGCGCAGUCCUCCCUCCUUGUAAAGCUUCGCAGCGCAAUCGAUCAUUCCAUUAUAUUUACGCUGACCACCC